UUCUGAUGGGGCGUUGGCUGGGCAUGGUGGUGAUUGGAACAGUGGAUGGAGUAAUUCAAUUAGUUAUUUUAUGUCACAUGGAGGAUAUACUACAGCUGAAUUAUAUGCAAUAACUUAUGGAGUUAGAAAUAUUACAAAAUCUUUGGAAAAUAAAUUAACUUGCGGGACUGCUACAAGGUUGAGAAGAUUUGUAAAUGCUGUUUUAGAAUAUACAGGUGCAGAAGAAAUAGAUAUUAUUGCUCAUUCAAUGGGUGUUACUUAUGCAAGAAUUAUUAUUCAAGGGAAUAUGCGGAUUUUACACAACUGCCAACUUGGAGCCCCUCUAAAAAGUAAAAUAAAUAAAUUUAUUGCAAUCGCUGGUGCUAACUUUGGGAUGUGUAUUUGUGCUGAUAGUGAAGGAGAAACAAUUAACGAUACAAAAAGAGUUCCAGCUUGUAGUAAAGAAGUAUGGGGCUAUUUAGUAGGGUGGGCUUAGUCUCGUAUCUCGACCAUAUAAAAAACAGUUACAUUAAAAACAGAUCGACCUUAUAAAUCCUUUGAGCCUCUAAAUCCCAAACCAUUCAUAAUCCACCUGAAAUCAUUAUCCAUUCAAAUCCUUAUAUUUUCUAUAAUAUCUUGUGUCUCGUAUCUCGUGUCUCGUAUUUUUUGGGACCCGGCCCACCCCUGCUAU